CCCCCGUGAAUUGUUAGUGGCGCUGAUGGCGUUUUUCUAUUGACUUUUUAUUUGUGUUCGGCUUAUCAAAAAAAUCGCAUUUUCUCAGUAAAUUCUGUAAUUUCCAAAUAAAUCAGUCAAAGUGUUUGAUAAAGGGAGUUCCUGAAGGAAAAUUUCUGCAAUAAAUUCCGCAUUUUCGCGGUGAUUUGUGUGAAAAAAGUGCCGAAGAAGUUGUGACAAAAGAACCCCUCAUAGGAGCAAAAUGGCAACAUCGACUGAAGAGAGGACAAUUUAUGCUAAAUUGGAGGCAAUGAAAGACAUUCGCCAAAAAACAAUCCAUCUGGAGAAGCUGAAGAUGAAGAUUGUCCGUGAAGUGGAGAACAGCGAUGCUGAGGAAAAGUGUUUGGGGGAGUAUCGACGUGAAAUGGAAUUACUGCUGCAGGAGAAGAUGAGUCAUGUGGAGGAGCUGCGUCAAAUCCAUGCGGACAUCAACACGAUGGAGAGUGUGAUAAAGCAGGCAGAGGAGAAUCGCUCGAGGGCACUGAGUAUGGCGAAUCGGAUGCACGAGGAGUAUGUUCCGUUGAAAUCGGAAAUUGAUCAUAUGCGCCGCGAGUACCUGGGACUUGAGCGUCUGCCGGAAUUGCACGAGGAGGAGGGAACAACUAUUGCCCCGGAUCGUUUCCAGGCAUUCUACACGAAGGCACCGGCGCACGUGAAUCCGGGGGCUUCCUUUGCACGUCCUCCCGUUCUGCCGCACAGUUUGGCCCCAGAUGUGGGAGCUGCGUCACUUUCCCCACCGGCACCGUCACAAUUCCUCGCACCGACCCCCGUGAAUCCCAUUAGGGCACCAGCAAAGCCCGAUCUCCCAGCAGGACGACUCCAGCAGCCGCAUACAAUUGGGAUUGGACAUCCAACCUUCAGGUCUGAGUUCAAUGUCAGUUUGAGACAACAACCGCCCCCGAUGAAGUCCUGUUUGUCGUGUCAUCAGCAAAUACACCGGAAUGCCCCCAUUUGUCCCCUUUGCAAGGCCAAAAGUCGCUCAAGGAACCCCAAGAAGCCCAAGAAGAAGGACCACUAGGCCACCCGAGAUGUCUCAGCGCCCACAAAUCCAGUAAUUUUCUACAAUUAAGGCAUUUUUCUCUAGAUUUUAAGGCGAUCUUCGUUUAAAAAAAAAAGGAAUAUAAACGAAACUUUAAUGUGAAAAAAAACUCAAUAUUCAGUGAACGUAUUUUUUUUUUUUACUUUCAAUUAAGGAAAUUAAUGAAUCUUUAUUGAUUUAUCAUAAAGAAUUAUUUAAGGUAGGAAUUAAGAUGAUUUUUUAUGUAAGAACUUAAGGAAUUUUAGAGGAUUCGAUGAGUAAUUUGUGACUGUUUCGUAAGAAUAAAAAUUAGAAACUAUCAAAAAA